AUGCUAAUGGCCUACAUAUUGUGUGUGCUUACCAUUCUCAUCUCUGCAUCGACGAGCGAGGAAUUUGUCGAAGGAAAGCUGCCUGGCAUCAAAGGACGGCCUGUCGAAGUUGAAGGAUGGAAUGGCCGCGGUCAGCAUGGCCAGGGUGGCGGCCACCAGCAGAUGGCAGACGCCCCCAGCUCGUGCAUCUGUCAGGAUGGCAUCAUGGACUACGACGCUUCGCUGUGCCCGGCUCCAGCCGUUGCCCCGGAGACAACACCUCCAGUCAUCACCACCGAGGCUGCCUAUGCCCCCGGGGCCUACAAGGCCAACAGUGUUUGCUGCGACCUGGACCUGUCGUACGAUUCGCCAUUCUACCUCUCCAUGUUGUUCUCCAGCUGCUCUAUCUGGGACGUCACCGGAGAGUGCUGGUGCCAGUACAUGGUGCCAUUCGAUGGAGUGUCUUGUGAGAAACCAGCGGAGACAUUAACAACAGAACCAGCACCAGCACCAGAGCCAGAGUCCAAGUGGAACCCAGCCUGCUGUGAUGUGGACGAUCCAACCUAUUCCCUGGCUGGCCAGCUUGCUGGCUGCAUAUUAGCGGGGUCACUUGCCUUAACUCUGCAUCUACUACAACUACUACAGAAGGCACCUACAACCACAGAGGCACCAACAACCACCACCACAGAAACAAUUACAACUGCCACAGAGGCAACAACAACAACCACACAGGCGGCCACAACCUCCACAGAAGCAUUUACAACCACCACAGAGGCAACAACAACAACCACAGAGGCAGCCACAACCACAAAAGUACCUACAACCACCACCACAGAAGCACUUACACCCACCACAGAGACACCAACAACCACUACAGAAGCACUUACAACCACCACAGAGGCAACUACCACAACCAUCACCACAGAGGCACCAACAACCACCACAGAGGCCACUACAACCACAGAAGCAGAGGCAACAACAACCACCACAGAGGCAACAACAACAACCGCAGAGGCCACAACCACUACAGAGGUAGAGGGCCCAACCUCUACAGAGGCCACAACCACCGCAGAGGCCACAACAACAACCACAGAGGCCCCAACAACAACCACAGAGGCACCUUCAACAACUACAGAGACCACAACAAUUACCACUACAGAGGCACAAACAACUACAGAGACCCCAACAACAACCAUAGAGACUCCAACCACCAUACAGGCAGAGAGCCCAACCCCCACAGAGGCCACAACCACCGCAGAGGCCACAACAACAACCACAGAGGCCACAACCACUACAGAGGUAGAGGGCACAACCCCCACAGAGGCCACAACAACCGCAGAGGCCACAACAACAACCACAGAGGCACCAACAACCACAUUUGCAGAGGGCCCAACCUCAACAGAGGCCACAACCACCGCAGAGGCCACAACAACCACAGAGGCAACAGCAACAACCACACAGGCAACAACAGCUACAGAGACCACAACAAUUACCACUACAGAGGCACAAACAACCACCACAGAGGUGCCAACAUCCACUACAGAGGCACUAACAACAACCACAGAGGCCCCAACAACAACCACAGAGGCUUCAACCACUACAGAGGUAGAGGGACAACCACCACAGACCACAACAACCCAGAGGAGCAACAACCACAGAGGCCCAACCACCACAGAAGGACCCAUUACCACUACAGAGGCACAAAACAACUACAGAGGCCAACAACCACCAGAGGCCACAACAACAACCACAGAGGCUUCAACAACCACAGAGGCAGAGGGUACAACCACCACCGAAGCCACAACAACCCCAGAGGCACCUUCAACAACUAUAGAGACCACAACAAUUACCACCACAGAGGCACCUACAAGCACCACAGAGGCGCUAACAACCACCACAGAGGUGCCUACUUCCACCACAGAGGCACCAACAUCCACCACAGAGGUACCUACAACCACCACAGAGGUGCCAACUUCCACCACAGAGUUGCCAACAUCCACCACAGAGGUACCAACAUCCACCACAGAGGCACCUACAACCACCACAGAGGUGCCAACAUCCACCACAGAGGUACCAACAUCCACCACAGAGGCCCCACCAACAACCACAGAGGCUCCAACCACCACAGAAGUCCCAACCACAACCAUAGCGACUCCAACCACCAUAUUUGCAGAAGGUCCAACCUCAACAGAGGCCACAACCACUGCAGAAGCCACAACAACAACCACAGAGGCUUCAACAACCACAGAGGCAGAGGGUACAACCACCACCGAAGCCACAACAACCACAGAGGCACCUUCAACAACUAUAGAGACCACAACAAUUACCACCACAGAGGCACCUACAACCACCACAGAGUUGCCAACUUCCACCACAGAGGUACCAACAUCCACCACAGAGGCACCUACAACCACCACAGAGUUGCCAACUUCCACCACAGAGGCACCUACAACCACCACAGAGGUACCAACUUCCACCACAGAGGUACCAACAUCCACCACAGAGGUACCUACAACCACCACAGAGAUACCAACAUCCACCACAGAGGCACCUACAACCACCACAGAGUUGCCAACUUCCACCACAGAGGCACCUACAACCACCACAGAGGUACCAACAUCCACCACAGAGGCACCUACAACCACCACAGAGGUACCAACAUCCACCACAGAGGCACCUACAACCACCACAGAGGUACAAAUUUCCACCACAGAGGCACCUACAACCACCACAGAGGCGCCAACUUCCACCACAGAAACACUUACCACAACUACAGAGGAAACAACAACAGCUACGACUGAGAUGACAACAACGAUUACAGAGAGCACAACGCCAGCCUUAUUGUGUCCAGCUUCGUCGGUGACGCGGAGAAGCCUGUGGAGGAGAGUGGUCGAUGGCACCAUCAGCACCGCCUGUGACUACCCAGGACUCGUUGCCAUUGAGGAGAAUCCUACAGGGAGCAUCUUCUGCACUGGCGUUCUGGUGUCAUCCACCACAGGUCAUGGUGCCGGAAGUGUGUCAUCAGUACUACAGCUAUGCUCUGGAUGCAUUCCCGGACGCCUCGUACACCGUGCACGUGGCAGGAGGAACACAAAACAUCGUCCUCAGUUCAUCCAACUACCAGGCUGUGGACAAUGGUGAUGGCACCUACACCAUCCAGCUGCCGGUAGCCGUGAACAUCGACAGCUCCACGUGCAGCGUGCAAGUGUGUCUGUACGACCAGAACACCAUGGCCAGCAAGGUGAACUUCAGCUCCUGUACGGUGGCCGGCUACGGUGAUCG